AUGAACAACCUGCAGCGGGAGGGCCUCGGCAUCGAAGGUCACCGCAAGCACUUCCGCCAGAUCUGUAAGCUCGGCGCCACCGACUGGGGGGUGCAGGAGCACUAUCAGCUGUGCCAACAGAUCAAGGCGGCCACCUGCCAGGACUUCCUCGAUGGUACGAGUCUGAUCUGCACUGGGAUGAAGUUCAGGAGGCUCCAGACGAUCGAAUUUGCGACUGGGACCAGGCCAAGGACGCCGAGAGCAAAGGUGAUCGAGCACGUCCACGACGAUGUGGAGAAGGAAGCGAAGUUGCACAAGAGCUUGCGCCUGCAGUCGCCUCUCGGGAGCUGCGACCCCGCGCCCCUCGCUAUGCCGGAUGUCAGUUCCGCGCCCGUGCCGCUGGCGGGCGUGCGGGGGGGGGGCGCGGGCAAGCCGAGGUCGAACAGUUCUUUCUGCGGAGUGCUUCAUCCGAGCGAGAUGUUCACCGAGGCCCUCGGAGUCCGCCUUGCGACGGGCGACGCGAUUGGCACGCUCGAGAUGACUGACAGUGAUGAUCUGCUCACCGUGGAGGGCGCCGGCCUGAAGGACGCGUCGACCAAGCUCCACCCGCGGCUGCGCGUCGCGCCGAUGGGCUGGUCCUGGGCCACGUGGUGGUGCCAGUCUGUGAUGGAGCGGGCGGCCGAGGCGGCGGGCUGCGACGACGUCUCUCUGCUGUGCGAUGGCCGCCCUCUGCCCACGCUGGCGCUCGCAUGCCACCUGAAGUAUGUCGACAACUUCGUGGAUAUUGGCUACGAUGCGGGGGCAGUGCGGGGCGCCGUGGCCCGGGUGAUGGCCGAACUCCAGCGACGCGGCCUCGUUGUCAACCACGAGGGUCACGUCGGCGACAGCGAGGGCGAGUACUCUAUCCUGGGAUGGUCGCUCACGUCCACGGGUCGCCUGUCGGCCUCCGCUUCGAGACUAUGGCGGGCCCGUCUUGCGGUGCGGGGUUUGCUCCGAUGCGGACGGGCUAGCGGCCGUGAUCUGGAGCGGGUGCUGGGGCGCAUCCUCUUCGUGACGCUCGCGCGGAGGGAGGGGCUCAGAAUCCUCGAGUCCUGCUUCCGCUUCGUUCAGAGGUGCUACCGCCAGGAGGUGCCCCUCUGGUCUCAGGUUAGGCAGGAGCUCGUGGCCUGGGAUGGCGUUGCCCCUCUGCUCUGGCGCGACCUCCAGGCUCAGUGGUCGCCCUCUGUCGGCUGCGUUGACGCCUCCUCUUGGGGGUUGGGCGCCUGCGUUGCUGACUGGAGGGUGGGCGCUGUUCGGGAGGUUGGUCGCUAUAGUGAGAGGUGGCGCUAUGGCAGGGCUGAGCGCUUGCCUCGUCGUCGCCGCGCCCGCGCCGCCGAGUUGUUUGCCGACGGCGCCGCAGCCUGCGGCCUGGGUUUCGGCGCGGACUUGCGCGAUCCCGCCCGUCAGUCAGGCGGCCGGCACGCCGUCGGCUCGCCAGUGGAGCGGGACUUGCUUGCGUUCCCAGAAGUACCCAAUAAUUGCUUGGAGCAUGUGCAGUGGACUAUCACAGGGAGGAGGUUUGAGGUGAGCAUCGCGCAUCGCACGAUCAGGAACAGCGAGGAGGGGGAGCACGACCACGCGCACGGGAGGUACCCCAUGGGCCCCGACAAGCACCGCAUCGAGGGGGGACUGGAGAGCCCGUAUCGAGGCCCGUCUGAGAGUUGGCUGAGCACCUUGGUGUCUUGGGGGUCAGCCCUGCAUCUUGCCGUCGGCCUCAUCGCGGCCCAAAUGUUCUCCAUGCCUGUCCAUAUGUUGCUGAUGGCCCUUUUCUUGAUCGCCGGCGCGACCCAGAUGGACAUGGCAUCGGCGCUCCUCUGUGGCUAUCCGCGCAAGCGGCCUGCCGCGGCCUUGAGCGCGCAGGCGUCCUCGCCGGCGCUGGGGCGCUCAGCCCGUGGGCCCUCGUCGCCGGCGGCGGGCUCGCCGGUGCCCCCGGCGCCGUCCGUGAGCCGCCCGGGCUCGAGCGUGCAGCCCGUGCCUCAGGCGUGCACCGGCAUGCUGACGGGGCCCGACUCCUGGGCCGGGCAGCACCGCAGGAUCGUCGCCGAUCCGAUGCGGAUGGACUGCACUAUGCGGGACUACAUCAACGUGCUGUUCGAGAAGGGCUUCCACCAGACCUACGCCAACCGCGUGAUCGCGGCCACGGCGCGGCGCGACCCACGCUUUGCCAAGACGGGCCCUUGCGACCUGCUGUUCGCCGCGCAGCUGCCCUACGAAGAAGUUCUUGCUAUGAUCGUGAACUAUUUGUCCCAUCAGCGCUGCGCGCUGGAGGCGUGCGCGAUCUGGCUUCUCUUCGAGAUCAACGGCCGCCCUGGAGAAAUCCACGGUCUGCGACUACAAGACAUCGUGCCACCGACUCCCUCGGCGUCAGGGGCCCACCGCUUCCUCUCCGUGACGCUGCGGGCGCAGGAGGUCGGAGAGGUCUCGAAGACGGGGGAGUUCGACGCGCCCGUGAGGCUCGCCCUCGAGAGGCAGGCAGGGCUCGGCCAGGGCCUCUUGGCGAUGGCGGCGGCUCGCGGCAGCGGAGGAGCCCCGCCUUGGUCGCCCCUCUUUGCGGUAUCGCAGCCGCAGGUCGCCAACGCCUGGAGGAAGGCCGCUCGCGCGCCGGGCUUGGCGAAGCUGGGGGCUUGCCACGCGUGCCAGCUCCGCCACUCGGGGCCCGGCCACGACUACGCCGCUGGGCUGCGCGACCUCGAGCAGAUCCGCCGCCGGGGCCGCUGGAAGUCGUGGAGCUCCGUGCGCAGGCGCGACGCAA